UCGAUGCCCAAAACACACUCUCAAUAAUGUUGACUAAUCAGCUUUGUGAUAACCACGUGUUGAAUUCACGCUGGUUUUCCGAAUUUGAAGUUAUGAAAUUGAUGAUUUACUACCACUUUAAGUAUAAAAGACUUAGUCUGAUAUUGAGCGUAGUGGUGAAUCAUCGCAUUUCCAUGCGGCAUAAACACUUAGUAUUGAAAAAUCACACGAUGAAUCUGCCUUCGAGCUGCAGGCAGGACUUUUUCUGAAAUACACAUUUGAAUCAGCUAAAGAUUAAGCUUUUCAUGGUUAUCACUCGGUUUUACCUUUCUUCUAGCGUUUUCUAGCUACAACCAGCUCUGUUUUGUAUAUUACAAAGGAGAAUGAGAUUGCUUUUCUCAACACCACGGAACAUCUGUUCUGUCUGGAGUUCAAAAGAAGCUUUAUUGUGUAAUUUUACACCAAGUGUUUUUUCGUGCAAUAAUUUCAUGAAGUAGCGAAAACACAUUCAUUAAUCAAUAGCUGUCAAGUCUAGUGAGCGGAGCAUAACAUACUUGAACGCGGGGUUAGUGGGCCAAAACAAUAGCGUAUCAAGACCGUGAUCCCGAGUCCCGGAUUCUCCUCUCUUCGCUCCGGAAUUUCGAAGAAUUGCGCUUCAUUAAAACAUGGAUUGAAGUUCGAAAUACUAUUACCUGUGCCUAAUCCCUCAAACCAACACGUACCAUGUUAUCAGCAACAGUCCGCAGCAGCAUAUCAAAUCCAUCAGUCCUAUCACCAAAACUCGAAAAUUGACAUUGCAUAUUCCCAGUGCUCCCGCUCCAUUACAAAAUGUGUUCCGUAAUUCACCUUUAAAUGGUACUAGUGAAUCCUUGAGUUCUAUAACCUCGAUCGACUUCAAAAACCGCUCACAGUAUGAUUUCACAGGAACCGCUAACUUC